ACUGUAACAAUAGCACUUACUCCAAGGACAGAAGCACUGGGCAGCCUGAACAGUGUUACGGAGGCAACGACAUUCCAGCCUUCAGCACUUAACCACACGGGGCAGUACUAGCGAGAUCUACCAAACCAGCUAUCAGCAUCGAGCUGGGACAGCGCGCGAGGAGAGCACACACAUGCAAGCCGACUGAGAGAGGUGAUCAUCCCCUGGGCUGAUCUCAUCCCCCCUUGGACGUGUCCCCCACCCCUGUACGGAUGGUGCUGCAGGGGGUCCAUUGCUGAUGCCAGGCGAUCCCCAGGCAGAUACGGCCGUGCUCCGGCUCAGAGACGGGCCAUGGCUGCCCAGGUGGCUCCCCCAGCCGCUCUCAGGCUCCCGUUCCAGCCCCCACCGGGAUGUGGCCUGGUUCCCAAAGAGGAAGUGGAAGAGCCAGAUGCCCACGGAGCCGUCGACAUGGAGAUGCAUCGUCUGCGCUUCAGGGGGUUCCGCUACCAGGAGGCUGAGGGACCCCGGGAGGCAUACGGCCACCUCUACCUCCUCUCCCGGGCGUGGCUGAGGCCGGAGCAGCGCUCCAAGGAGCAGAUGCUGGAGCUGCUGGUGCUGGAGCAGUUCCUGAGCAUCCUGCCCCAGGAGAUCCAGAGCUGGGUAGGGGGGUGUCACCCCCAGACCGGGGAGCAGGCUGUGGCUCUGGCAGAGGGUUUCCAGUUAGCCAAGCAAGAGCCCGGAAUAUGGCAGCAGCAGGAGGAGCUGGUGAUGUGGAAGGAGGAGACUGUGUGUUCCUCUAUGGCAGAGCAGGCAGAGCUGGAUCCAGGACAGGGCGAGAUCUGCAGGGAGGUUAAGGAGGAGAAUAAGGAAGACACUCUCAUUUUGCUGGAAGGAUUCACCAUCCCCGACCCGGCCGCGAUCCCCCAGAUGGAGCCUGAGGAAGAGCCGAGGGUCCCGAAUCUCCAGGGCUCUGAGGAAAGGUUGACCCCGAAAGGCGCCCGCCCAGCAGGUGCCAGGACACAUGAGGGGAAUCCCCAGUGGGAAGGACCCGUGGGAGCUGAGCCACCUGGGACGUCCCGGAGCCCCGAGCAGGGAGAUGCCUGUGGGACAGCAUGGCUGCAGGGAGACCCCCCAGGGGAGAAGAGACCUGCUGGGUGUGAUGACCCCCAGCCUCAGGGAACCCACAUGGGACACAAACCCCGUAAAUGCCCCGACUGCGGGAAGAGCUUCAGGUGGAACUCGGCGCUCCUCCACCACCAGCGAUCCCACACGGGGGAAAAACCUCAUCAGUGCAGGGAAUGUGGGCAACGUUUUGGGCAGAAAUCCACCCUGACGAGGCACCUGAGGAUCCACACUGGAGAGAGACCCUACACAUGUCCCCAGUGUGGGAAAAGCUUUAGCCAGAAGUACAGCCUGUCCCAGCAUCAGAUGACGCACCAGCAAGAGAGACCUCACAAAUGCACCGCAUGCGGGCAAAGCUUCGCUCUCAAAUCGUACCUUGUUCGACACUUGGUGAAACGCCACAUGGGACAGAAACCCUAUAAAUGCCUCCAUUGUGGGAAGCAGUUUGCUUGGAGCUCAGACCUGAGGAAGCAUCAGACGACCCACACGGGGGAGCGCCCCUAUAGAUGCCCCCAGUGCGGGGUAGGGUUCACCCAGAGGUUCAGCCUCCUAACACAUCAGAGGACCCACCUGAACGAGAGACCCUACAAAUGCCCCCACUGUGACAAGAGCUUCAACAGGCGAUCAGGGCUUGUCAAGCAUCAGAAGACCCACACGGGGGAAAAACCUCAUGAGUGCACCGAAUGCGGGCAAGGCUUCGGGCAGAAAUCAAACCUGACUAGACACCUGAGGAUCCACGCUGGGGAGAGACCCUACAAAUGUACCAAAUGUGGGAAAAGCUUCACUCAGAAAUCGAACCUGGUUCAACACUUGAUGAAACGCCAUAUGGGAGAGAAACGUGAUGCAGCAAAUGAGCCGGUGACUUGGGAGGAGGAGGCUGCGUGUUCCUCCAGGGCAGAGCGGGCAGCGCUGGCCCCAGAGCAGGGCAAGAUCUGCAGGGAGGUGAAGGAGGAGAAUAAAGAAGAGCCUUUGAUCUCACCGGGUGCCAGGACAGAGGAGGAGAAUCCACAGCAGGAAGAGCCUGCAGGAGCAGAGCCGAAUGAGAUGUCCUGGAGCCCUGAGUGGGAAGACCCCAGCGGAGCAGGAUGGCAGCAGGGAGACCCCGUGGGUGAGGAGAGACCUGUUGGGUGUGAUGAUCAUAAUCCUCAGAGAGCCCACGUGGGACAGAAACCCCAUAAAUGCCCCGACUGUGGGAAGAGUUUCAGGGGGAACUCGGCGCUCCGCCAUCACCAGCGAUCCCACGCGGGGAAAACACCUCAUCAGUGCAGGGAAUGUGGGCAAAGCUUUGUGCAGAAAUCAAACUUGACUAGACACCUGAAGGUCCACACAGGGGAGAGACCCUACACAUGUCCCCAGUGUGGGAAAAGCUUUAGUGAGAAAUGCAACCUUUCCCAGCAUCAGUUAAUGCACCGGCAAGAGAGACCUCACAGAUGUACCGAAUGCGGGCAAAGUUUUGUGCAAAAAUCGACCCUGACCAGACACCUGAAGGUCCACACUGGGGAGAAACCCUACACAUGUCCCCAGUGUGGGAAAAGCUUUCGUCAGAAGUACAGCCUGUCCCAGCAUCAGCUAAGGCACCAGGAAGAGAGACCUCACAAAUGUACCACAUGUGGGCAAAGCUUCGCUCUCAAAUCGUACCUUGUUCACCACCUGAUGAAAUGCCCCAUGGGAGAGAAAUCCUAUAAAUGCCCCGAUUGUGGGAAACUGUUUUCUCGGAGCUCAUAUCUUAGGAAGCACCAAAUGACCCACAUGGGGGAACUUCCCACAGAUAUCUCCAGUGCAGGGUAGGGUUCACCCAGAGAUUCAACCUUCUGGUGCAUCAGAGGACCCACACAAGUGAAAGACCCUACGGCUGCUUGGACUAUGGGAACAGCUUCAGUUGGAGAUUGGGGCUUGUCCAGCACCAGAAGACUCACACGGGGGAAAAGCCUCAUGAGUGCACUGAAUGUGGGCAAGGCUUCAGGCAGAAAUCAAACCUGACUAAGCACGUGAAGAUCCACACCAGGGAGAAGCCCUAUAAAUGUCCCCAGUGUAGGAAAAGCUUUUGUUAGAAGAUUGCCCUUUCCCAGCAUCUGGUUAUACACACCGGCAACGGAGCCCUCACAAAUGCAGCAAGUGUUGGAAAGCUUCACUGUCAAAUCAAACUUUGCUGAACACCCGAUGCCAUAAAUGUAAGUUCAGAUUAAAUGCGUUCAGAUGAAAUGCGAUCUAGCAUCGCAAUAGGGACUCCACACAAGCUAGAAACCAUUGGCAUGGUACUUUGUUUUCUUGGAGUGGGGCACUUCUCCACUCAUAUAUAUUAAAAAUUACAAGGUUCAAAGUUCAUGGAUGGGUAGUAGCGGCUUAUUUAUGGUGACAGGUGUGAGAUUUGGGAGGGGGAAGGAGCUGGUGAAGGAAGGAAGAGAUGUUUCACUGGAGCGAGAUGGUUAGUGGAAAUUUCAAGGUAAUAUUAUUAGGUGUUGGGGGGAAAGUGAUUGCCAGGGACUGGCAGGAACCAAAAACAGAGAGAGCCUGGUUGUGUCUAGGGACUUAUGGUGGUAUAAUUAACCAGGUAUAUUUGUGAUGGUAAAAUUCCCCAUGUAGACGAGCCCAAAUAAGAUCCACCUGGACAAUAAGAAAAUGGUUCAUAUCAUGUGAGACUGAAGGUCUUAUAGCGCAAACUGUUACCCCGAGAACCAAAGCACAUGUUUUCAUCCCAAAUGCGAAACUAUACAUCUGCUGUGCUUAUCAAUCAAAUAUACCAUGGAUGACCUGUUUUGUCCUAUCAAUAUGUCUUCAACCCCAAAUUUAGAAGCUGCGCACUUGUCUGCUCUGUGAAUCUGAUAAACUCUCUCUCUCUAUGUAGAUAACAUCUUCUGGGCUAUUGUGAGAACUAAAUAGUAUGAAAUGCGUCUAUACAAUCAAAGAACGUAUGGAAUUUAUCCACCAAAUUUAGAAGACUAUAAUGGAUUUUGUUUGUUUUCUUGGUAUAUGGUGGUUGCACUCCAGAAGCAAUAGGCAUUGGAUAGCACAAAACGGAAGAUUGAAAGAUAUAACCACCUCACCAGCGUACAGCCUUGAAUUAUUAAAAGAAAUUGCUUAAAAGGGGUGAAAUUCCAA